AUGGAUGAUGAAGAGACUCCUGUGCCUUCUCCGGCUGCCGGCCUGGAUCCUUCGAAGCUGAAGAAGGAUGGUAGUCCGGUGGUCCAUGAGACAUGGGUCCGAUACAAGCAUGCCAAGCGCCAGCAGGAUGGGCAGGGUUUGAUUCUUGGGUCGGCCAAGGCGCUCUUUGCAAGGCUCGUCAAACCGAGGCUGACUCUUGGGUUUUUUCGUCAGCACUUCGAAGGCCUCCGCAGCCCAAGAGAUUCGGAAAACUUUCGAGACGAUCUAGAGGUGGACCUGGAGGAUCGUCCUGCGGCCCCUCCACAACGCAGAGGUAGGUCUCGCAGCAAUUCACGAGACUUCCGAAAGCCAUGGUGCGCCGCCAGAUGCCAAGAGCGUCUGCAGAACCCAGCCGAUGAGCAGUUCAAUGGCGGUGUGCGCUUGACAAGGAGCCACGACGACUCUCGAGACUCCCGAGAGCCAGAAACCGAGCUUCCAAGAAAGUUGCAGUGGGGCGGACAGGGUUGGACUGGCAGUUGGGAUCACGCGGAGCAUUCUCAAGAUCCCCACUGGAAUGCGGCCGAAAGCUCAAGCUCCUGGACGCUUGGAGACCUUGCCGAUGCUGAAACUAAGCUGCUGGCCACUGAGGAGGCUUUGUCAAAUGAGCAAAGCCGCCUCAAGGCCCUCCAAGAGAAUCACGACCGUGUUCAGGAGAGUCGCGAGGAAGCGUUGGACAUACACAAAACUCUUCAAGAGGAGCACGUGCUUGUUCAGGAGAAGCUGGAGACAGCUGAGCAGGCGCUGUCGAAGGAGCGUGACCAACACAAGAGUCUUCAAGAGGAGCACCUGCUUCUGCAGCAGAAGCUCACUGCAGCUGAGGAGGUACUGUCGAAGGAGCGUCGUGAGCGCGAGACGCUUCAAGCAGAGCGAAACCUCUUUCAGCUGAGACUGGAAAUGGCUGAAGAGAUUGCUGAGGUCGACCUUAAGUCUUCAGCAGAGGCGAAAGCGAAGCUCCAGGUUGAGUUGACUGCCGAGCGCGCGAAGCGGGUCUCUGCGGAGGAGAAGCUGUUCGAGUUGCAGAAGCAGAAGAACUCGGCCAUCCUGGGCGCGUCUUGGCAGUACGAACAUGAUGGCAGUUGGUUUGCCUUCCCGCCGGAAGGGAGCGACCAGAUGAACGAGGCUUACGUGGCCUAUGCUUCUGACAAGCGAGAGCAUCGCAGCGCAAACAUUGUGGCCGGCGGCGUGUUGCGUGUCGUCGACUUCGACCGGAUGACCCAGCAGAAUGCGGCAACGAAGAAGCUGCGCAGCAUCCGCAUUUGCACCGGAGUGCCUGCGGAUUGGCAGAGUACCCCGUCGGCACUCUUGACGCAGAGUGACACCUUGGCGUCCUUCUACGUGGAGGUGGCAGAUCCGGAGAUCCUCGAGUCUCUUAGUGACAUUCUCCGAACCACAGGUCAUACAUGGGACGCGAAAAGCCCAUGUGCCUGUAUGAGCAGCGCGCGGGUCAAGUCCGUCCAUCGAAUUGAGAACUUCCAGUUGUGGAAUCGCUACCGAGCGAGGCUGAAGACCAUGCGAGAGGAGCAUGCAAAGUGCAAGAUCGCUGUGACAGGGGCAACUCUCGAUCUCGAUGGCGGCGAGGGGAACUUUCUUUGGGGCGAAGGGCUGAUGACAGCAAAACAGCAUGUUUUGGACUGCGCGCGCCCUUGGCUCGCGAUGUGGAUGAGAAGAUCUUGUUGCAUGGCACGUCCUAUUCUAGCGCGAAUGCCAUCGUCAUGGAAGGCUUCGAUCAUCGGACAUGCCAUCGUGGCAUGUAUGGGGAGGGCGUCUACUUUGCAGGCGCCGCGUGCAAGAGCCAUCAGUACACUUGCUCGACCCAUUCCCACAAAGCGUGCUCAUGCAAGCAGGAGAGGACGCUGA